UGGGGCUCAUGAUUUGUAUCGUGAUGCUUGCUAAGAUAAGAAUGGCAUUGCAAUGGUUUACAAGCAAAGAGGUAAGGCGGGGCACACGAAGUGUUGACAAUGUUUAUGUUGUAGGUGUAAGUUCAGAAGAGUUUCUAUUUCUGGCCAUUCCCACAGCAAAACCAGAGACCUCGAGAGGCCAAGGCAAGCACGACAAUCCCCAAUCAAACAAGAAAGAGGUGGUGGAAGAAUGGCCCAAGGUCAUCGAGUCUGUCGACCACUAAGGGUCGAGCAGACAGUUCUCGCUCAAACGAAAUAGACAACUUCGAAUCAUCGUCACUUAUAAACACUGUGGCUCGGUUGAGCUAGUGAGACAAACGAUCGGGUAUCUACUGUAAAUAGAUCCUGAAGAGCUGAGAGUGGAAGAAAGGGUAAGGGUCAGUGAAGGGUGCUUGAAAUCAGGGAAGGCGAGGGGAAGGAGGAGGAUGGGUAGGGGAUUGCAACUCACUUUGGUCAU